AUGGACAAAUUAUCUCCUGAACUUUUUUACCUUGUGAUCGAAAACCUCGAAGAAGACAUGUACAAAGAGUGUUCGCAGGAGUGGACACAUGGGAAGGGCUGGUACUUGGAUUUCAGGAUGAUACCCUUGGAAGCUAUCUUCAAUCUCUCACUUACAAAUCAUCACUAUCAAGCCCUUGUGACGCCUACGCUACAGAAAUUCCUUGAUCAGAUUCUUGAGUACUCUGAAGAUCCACCUUGGUUUGAUCCGGGGCAGAAAACCACCGACCUUGCCAAGCUCCAAGACUUCAGGUGGUCUUAUUUCAAUGAUAUCCAAUGGUACUACCCGAGCUUUCGUCGAUGGAUUAUUCGGAAGAAAAGACCCACGACUCCAUAUUGCAUUGCAUUGUAUCCGGACGACCCUGGAGGAAAGAUUUACUAUGUCGAGAGAUUUUCUUGCUUCAGACGUAGCUGGCCAGUGGGCUUGCCAGAAGAAGCAAAGGAGAAAUCUACUGUAGCAAAACCUUUGGCAGUGUUUGCGUCUUUUAAUGAAGACGCCAUCGAUCUGAAGUAUCUCAAGGACACUAAUCAGUUGGAGAUCUCAGCGAAGAAUACGGAUGAAGCUGGCACGAUUAAGUUAGCCAAAUGA